GGUUUUCGCAUAAUUAGAGUUAUGGUGCAGCUUUUGCUGAGACUGUCGAAUCCAGGAGAAUGGGGACUAGUGGAGCUACAGGGGCAACUGGAGACAAGAGACGGAGCUCCUUUCGACGGCAUGCACAUGGGAGACCUUCACUUUGACGCUCAGGGUACCCCUUCACUGAUAAUUGGCCACCAUCUCUUGACUGGGAAAGUGGUGGAGCUGGACAAACCACUGGCAGUGCUGGCUAAGAGAUCUUCCAAGGACUGGGGUGUGGCUAAUAAUGACACAAUGGAUCAUGCAGGGAACCAAGAGAGUGGCAUGAUAGAGUAUGAAAUUAUGGCUCUGGUCAGAAAAAAGAUCCUUUUCAAGAACCGUCCCAAGCCAAUCAUUACCUCAACCCUACCGAUCAAGCACACAUGAUGAUGAUAUUGUAUUCGACCGUUGCGCAUGCGCAAAUGUUCGCGCCGACAAAAAAUAAUGCAGACGCAAGCAGUUUUUCAAUUGGAGCCCAUCUCCCCGCGAUGUGCGACGUUGUGGAGGGACUGCAGCAGGCUGAGGCAGAACCCAGGAGCUCUCCCAGAGAAUGCUUCAAUGCUUACUUUGUUCACCGCUUUCGUGCCACCUUUGGCAAGGUUAGGCUCUUCACUGAUGGAGAGAAGGUUUUGUUGCCAUUUUCUGGUGGUAUGAACUCCAGAGUGCUACUGGGUCUUGCUGAAGAGGGGUUGAAGCUGAGUGCAUACAAGAAGUUGAGGUUUGAACCAACUGUUGUAGUCAUUGAUGAGGGAGCGGUUUUGGGUGAAAAAUGGAACAACAGGUGCCGUCAGUUGUCUCAGUGCCUUGCCAUUGCUACUGCCACUGGUUUCAGCACCUUCUAUACCAGAAUAGAACAGGUGUUUGGCGGAGAGUGUGCAGUUUGCUCUGUGGAACAGUUGCUGAGGGGAAAAACAGGAGACAGUAAAGAAGUGGGUGGUGUUUCAAAGGCAGAGUGUGUUGAGAGAAACAGUGGGGCUACUGUGAACCCUAGUGAGGGAAGGUAAUGGCGGGAGUAAGAAGACAGACCGUAGUACUAGUGAUGGCCGUACUAACGCUGAGCUCGUGGAGGCAAUGUAUCAGUCUCUUGUUGGAGAGAAGGUCACGAACGAGGCUCUGGAGAAGAGGAUCAAAUCUCUCUUUGACUCCUGCACUUCUGUGACUGCAAAAGAGAGCCUUUUACUCCCACUGAGGCGAAGGUUACUUGUCGACGCUGCACGUAAACUGGGCUACAGCAAGGUAUUGAUGGGAGACACAGCAACUCGGCUGGCCGUGAGACUGCUGGGAAAUGUGGCUCAGGGGAGAGGGCAGACUCUUCCACUCGACACAGGUUUCAUGGACGAUAGGACAGGCGAUGUAGCCUUUAUAAGACCACUGAGGGAGUUUCCUGCAAAUGAAGUGGCAAUGUAUGCAAGUUUAAACGGACUUGACUCAAUUGCGAUCCCCCACUUUACAAGUCUGGAGCCAGAAAUGGCCAGCAUCGAACAGUUGACUGAGUCUUUCAUAGCUGGUCUACAGGUGGACUUCCCUUCCACUACUAGCACUGUGUUCAGAACUGGUGACAAGCUGACUGUUGGUGGAGAUGAAAAGUCAAAGAGAUGUGCCUUGUGUCAGGCACCGUCUGGUCCACCAGCUGAUGGCUCAGUAUUCACUCACCUCUCCCGGCCUGAGAGUUGUGACCCUGGUCUCUGGGAUUGCCUCUGUUAUGGCAAGACAACCCUUCAUUCCUGUGUAGCUAUAAUACAUAGCCACUGAUUCAUUUCUUCCUUGUAGGUUGUCAACUAACAGUCAAGGACUUGGUUCGUGUAAAAUGUGAAUAUGUAUGCGGUAUAAUAGGCUGUUUUUCCCCAUUAGAACUCUUCUUUACUGCCUCCAUUCGUUGACCGCAAUAACAGCCACGUGGAUACACUGUAUAUAUGCAUGCUACCAGUGCAUGUACGUAUAUAUAUCAGGUUUUAGUAACUGUCUGUAUAUAUAUCUGUAGGGAAGAGCCUCCAUCCUGCAUCAAAGACCACCUUUUUGAGGAGACUAACACUUAAAGUUUGAAUGAAUGACAAAAUUAUUUAUUGUGUUGUUUCCUCAAUGUCUCAUG